AGUAGGACAGCUCGCGCGUAGCUGGACUGUCAGCGGGGGCUCCUUCCAUCCUCCAGCUCGAGUUACGCGGACGCCCCGAUAUUUAAACGAUGUCGCCCACGGUGUCCCCUCGCCUCUUCUCACAGAACGAGGUAGCGAGGCACUGCACUAAGGACUCGUGCUGGGUGUUGGUGGGGACGAGGGUGUAUGAUGUGACGGCGUUCCUCCGCAUGCACCCGGGAGGCGAGACUCUGAUAUUACGGCGGUCUGGAAGGAACGUCAGCGCGGCGCUGGACGGGCCGCCGCACCGGCACUCCAGGAACGCGCGCCGCUGGCUGGAGCAGUACUACAUCGGAGAGGUGGACGGAGCCGACGAGCGCGCGGAGUUACAGACAUUAAGACAGAGGGGAAACAGACAAGAUCCCACCGACACAGAAGAGGAAGAUUCUGCCAUCAGCAAAUGCAGCAAAGUUGACGAUGAAACAGACCUGGUCGACUGGAGGAAACCUCUAGCCUGGCAGGUGGGUUACCUGGGAGACAAGUAUGAUGCGUGGGUGCACCAGCCAGUGGACCGCCCAAUACGUCUCUUCCAGUCAGACUUUUUCGAGGCCAAUACUAAGACCCCAUGGUACAUGGUGCCAGCUGUGUGGAUGCCUCUGGUUGUGUAUCUGAGCUGGCACUGCUACAGCGUGUUGGCUCAAGGUAGCACUAGAUUGUUUAUCACAUCAGACUACUCCAUUAUGGUCCACAAAUACUGCUUCCCUCUCAUCUUCAUGUUGGGCGUGUUUAUGUGGUCCUUCCUCGAGUACUGCAUCCAUCGCUUCCUGUUCCACAUGCGUCCGCCCGCCCACAAUUAUUACCUCAUCAUGCUGCACUUCCUGCUGCAUGGACAGCACCACAAGUCUCCGUUCGACGGCUCUCGCCUGGUGUUUCCUCCCGGCGUGGCCUCCAUCGUCAUCGGAGCGUUCUACCUGGUGCUGCGGCAGCUCCUGUCUGAGGGCCUGGGCACGUCCCUGUUUGUCGGUGGUCUGUGCGGGUACGUCAUCUAUGACAUGAUCCAUUACUACCUGCACUACGGCUCUCCACGCAAGGGCUCCUACCUGUACGGCCUCAAAGCCUACCACGUCAAACACCACUUCGAACACCAAAGAGCAGGAUUUGGGAUCACCACCACCUUGUGGGACUACCCUUUCAGGACAGUCAUUCCCGACCAGAGCUUUUAAAGGAUCGUGCUCACUUCUGAGCUCCUGUACCAGGUCUCUCCCCUCGGCAUCACGCUCCUUCUCUAAGAGGGGGAGGACCCCUCAUCAUCAUCCAAACACCACUCGUCGUUGGCGGCGGCGUUAUCAUCAUCAUCAUCAUCAUCCAUCUGCCAGUACACAAGAGGGGCGAGCUCUUAUUCUCAGUCUCAUAUUAGGAAAUAUACAUAUUUAUAUAUAAAUGAAUAUAAUAUUCUUUAAAUACUGUUGGAUAAAAUCUGUCUUUUAGAGGCACUGGAAGAUCAAAUGACCUAUAUAUAUAUAUAUAUGACCCUCAACCUCCGACCCCAUGACCCCCCCAGCCCUACCUCCCAUCAUGUUCAUAGGGGUAGCGUGAUACAGGCAAGUGUGAGAGUGCAUGUGGAUGUCAGGAGAGAGAGAGAGAGAGAGAGAGAGAGAGAGAGAGAGAGUGAGAGAGAGAGAGAGAGAGAGAGAGAGAGAGAGAGAGAGAAUGAGUGACUGAUUGUUGGCUAUAGUUCUGUCCUAAUAGGAAAAGUAAGAGAGGAGGUUGGACCCCUCCAGGGACCUUGCGGUAGCUGUCCAAGCCGUUGCCAGCAAGAAAUGUACUCAGGAACGCCUCACCCAAAUGCCUGUCCAGCCCCCCAAGACCACCACGCUUCCCUGAGGUGUCAAAGUUCCCUCUCCCUCCUUUCCUUCUGUCUUACACCUUCUUUUGUGGUUUGUUUGUUUUUUUCCUUUCUUGUGAACUAGUCUUUCAAUAAUGAUCCUUUCCUGUUUUCCUCGCUAACGUCCAGGGAUCCGGUCUGCUAGGGGACAGUAUAAUUCCGGCUGCCUUGUUCAUUUUGUGUACUGUUUUUGUAAGAUAUGCCAAGAGAUCCAACAAUAGAACAAUAUCCUGGCCAGAGAGCCGCCCAUAGCCAUGAACUCCUCGAGUAACCAGUUAUUUAACUAUGCAGUGUGAGGUGUUAAAAUGUGACCAAAACUUAGACACUAAGGAGUAAACAAUGGCAUUUGGUCUUCCUAACCAGGAAAUGCACCUGUGUUGUCAUGGCUACAGAAUCUGAACCCUUGAGGGUGUGAAGCAAGGUGUUUUGGGCAUUUUCUUUUAGGGGUGGACGACGUUGGCCUGGUUACUCUGGUUAUUAUGGACUUGCAGGACCCACCCCCCACCCUGGGUUGAUGAUCCGAAGUAUCUGACUAGGCUGUGAAGGAGAGCCUGCCCAGCACUCUUGGCUGAUCUCUCAUUGGUUCACACUCGUGUCAUUCUCUGCUUUGUGUAGUGGUGUCUCGCAUUCAGUCAUAAUGAAUCAACCUGUUCUGUGUCUUUUUCCCCUCCAAUGCUCUAGAAUCUUCUCCUUGUGUGAGUUGGACUGUGACCAAAGUCACUGCAUGCGUACGUGGGCGUUUUGGGAACUUUCCAUUCAGGUCAAUAGGAAACUGGCUCCUUUUUCCUUCUUUAGCUGCUUUUAGCUGCUGCAUCCAAGCCUUUUUUUUCAAAAUGUGUGAUGCUGCCAUCUCUAGGUGGUGACGAAAGGGUGGAGAUAUUUUGUGAGAACAGGUUUGGUGCGGCCACAGUCUCUGAAAUCGUCUUUGAUGGUAUAAAGACGCCCGCCCCCCACCGCUGCCAAAAUAAACAAAAUCUAGAUAUGAAAUCAAUAAGUUGUAUACUAAAAUGACCCUGGAGUGCCUCAGAGGCCAGAGGCCCGAACCAUGUGACUGAUCAGUGGGAUGCGUCCAUCAGGAUCUGGGUGGGUGUAAGGAGGUUGGAUCCGGCUGCUUUGUUGGGAAAAUUGAGAAAUAAUAAAAGAAAAUGUUUGUGUUUUUGAUAUUUAAUAACAUUUGUCUUUCACUCCUGCCGCUGAUGACAUGCGUUCUACAAAGUCCCACUGACUAGAGGUUGCUUCCAGUUUGAUUUAAAAUAAAAACAGUAAAUAUAUUUACAUUUGUUUACCUGUAAACAAGUUUUAGGGGAUUAAUGCAGUGAAACAAAUUCCAUAAAAAUAAGAAGCUAUUAAAAAUGCCUCUAAUACAAAAAAUUGUUUACUACUAUGUAUUUUUAUGUUGCAAUUAUACAUUUCUAUGCAAAUACAACUGUACUUGUAAAUAAAUGUGUGUAUAUUUCUGA